UCUCUUUUCCUGUUUACCUCAGCUACGAAGCCCUCUAUUUGUCUCAAAAACUCUUCUGUAACUGACAGCUGCCCAUUCAACAUUUGCGAAUCACCACAUCUCAACCAUCUCCACAAGCAAUGGACUAAACCUCGCGCAGACACCCAAGCCCAAGAGAGGAAGGGACACGGGAGAAGGAGAAGGAGACCAGGACCACCUGGGAGAGCGACGGCGUCCUGCCGAGUCGAAGGUAUCCGAGAUGAAUCCCACGAGCGAGUCUCCUGGCACAACGGAAUAUGACUAUGCAUAUGAUGAAAACACUGCUCCGUGUGAUGAAGGAAAUAGUUUUCACAGGUUUAAAUCCCUCUUCUUGCCGAUCCUGUACUGCCUUGUGUUUGUCUUCUGCCUUCUGGGAAACUCCUUGGUCCUCUGGGUUCUUCUGACCAAGAAGAGGCUGACCACGAUGACUGACAUCUGCUUGCUGAACCUCGCUGCCUCUGAUAUGCUCUUUGUUUUGCCUCUCCCUUUCCAAGCCCACUAUGCUUCAGACCAAUGGGCUUUUGGCAAUGCUAUGUGCAAGAUAACAGCUGGCAUUUAUUACACAGGUUUUUACAGCAGUAUUUUCUUUAUAACCCUCAUGAGCAUAGACAGGUAUAUAGCAAUUGUCCAUGCUGUCUACGCUGUGAGGAUACGGACAGCCUCUUGUGGCAUAAUUAUCAGCUUAAUCCUGUGGCUGGUGGCUGGCUUGGCUUCUGUACCCAACAUCGUGUUCAACCAGCAGCUGGAGAUUGAGCAGUCUAUGCAGUGCGUCCCCACAUACCCCUCAGGUGGCAAUACCUGGAAGGUCGCUUCUCAGUUUGGAGCCAAUAUCUUGGGCCUCUUGAUUCCUUUCAGCAUCCUCGUUUACUGCUACGCCCAGAUACUGAAAAACCUGCAAAAAUGCAAAAAUCGGAACAAGAUCAAGGCGAUCAAGAUGAUUUUCAUCAUUGUCAUUGUCUUCUUCCUCUUCUGGGCUCCCUUCAACAUCGUGCUGUUCCUAGACUCCCUGCAGAGCCUGUACCUCAUCAACGACUGCAAGGCGAGCUACUGGAUAGCUCUGGCCCUGCAGCUGACUGAAAGUGUUUCCUUCAUCCACUGCUGCUUGAACCCCGUGAUCUAUGCAUUUGCUGGGGUGAUGUUCAAGGCCCAUCUUAAAGGACUAUUUCAGUCCUGUGUCCGUCUCUUCUCGAGUCCUGCUGGAGGCGUCGUGUCCAGUCAGUCGUUUUCGGCACCCACCCAGCUCUCUGGCUACUCUGAAAGCACAGGGGUGCUGUAAACCACCCUGGGCUACCUUUUUCUGGAGGGAAUAGUUGCCCUAAGCACUGACACAGCCCCGUAGGCUAUACCAUGCAUGUGGCAUCCUCCUGGGGUGGCCCAGCAUACUCAUACUUCCUCUCAGGAUGAGCUGCGAAAUACUGCGCGGUCAGCCUCAAUGUUAACUUUCUAUGACCACUGGUGCCUUUGUAAAAUGGCGACCUCCCAAACUUGCUCGAGGGUAAUCUUUAAUUAAGUUUUAGAAUCUUUUAAUAUACUUAAGCAAACAGGGUGCUUCCUCUAGUACAUAUUUUCUCCUCUGAUGAAAGUAUUGCUUUUGCCUCACUGCCAAAUAUGCUCUGACUUGCAGGAGCUGUUUCGUACAUGAAUCCCUACAUCCCUGGGACAGGAAUAAGACAUUCUGCUGGGAGGCAGGGAAAGGGACAGAUAUGGAAUUACUUUGUAUUGCAAAGAGGGAAUCAUCUCAGCCACCACCAUCACUCUCUCCCUUUACCUCCGCUCCCAAAUAAAGGGGUGACUCAGCUUGAGCCUUUGUUGCUUCUCUGGAGGUCCUGGCUGGGGGUCCCUGGAGCCGCUGCUGCCCAGAGCAGCCUUUCACUGCAAAGCAUUCAAGAACAGCAGAUCAACACCUCCAGGUGUUCCCUACACUGGUUACUUGUAGCUUAUAUAAACCGAGUAUGUCAACAGCUAUGCAGUCUGCUAGUCUGUGUUAUCUAUGGAGGUGGUCGUCCUCCAGUUCUGUGCCCUCACCAUUUGCUGUCAAACAUAAAUAUCACAAAAUAGCAUGUAUC